AUGUUUGAAAAGAGUCUUUUAUCAAAAAUCUCGAAUAUUAAGAGGGAAAACAUUGAGCGCGCUAGAAAAGAAAGUUUCGAUUGUCGUAAACUUGGUGACGAUUUUGAGCUGAUCUCCGAGAAAUAUCUACCAACUUUACGGGAAAUUAACUCAAAUUUACUGGAUCUUCUCAAUGAUCCAAAUUUGGGUUUCGUUCAAGUGUCAAUCUUUCAUGACUCAACUGAUCCAAAAAUUGAGGAAAAGAGAAUGAUCGAAGAGGUGGAAGAAGAAAGCGAAAAAACGAUGACAGAUCAAGCACUCCAAGCUCCACCACGAUCCACUCGACUCAAAAUAAAAAAGUGUUCUUUUUUUGAUUCAUUGAAACAAUACUCA